AUGGAGUUCGUCUACAGCAUAGCUGAGACAGUCUUGGGUAGGCUAGCUUCACAUGCUUCCCAAGAAGUUUCCUUGGCAUGGGGUGCCCAACUUGAGCUCACCAAGCUCAACAAGACCUUAUCUGUCAUCAAACUAGUGCUCGAGGAUGCAGAGAAGAAGCAAGUGAGAGAUCCCCUAAUCACUUGUUGGUUGAGAAAUCUCAAAGAUGUUUGUCAUGACGUUGAUGAUGUCUUGGACGAACUGGACUUCCAAAAGUUGCAGUUGAAAGUGGAGAUUGACAACUGUGGGAAGAUCAAAGGAAAGGUACGCCAAUUUUUUUCCCGUUGGAAUGCAGUAGUGUUUAACCUCAAAAUAGGACACAAAGUGAAAGAGAUUAGAGAAAAACUGGUUGAAAUUGAUAAUGAAAAGAGACAUUUUGCUCUAAUUGAGGUUGCUAAGAUAGUUGAAGAUCCUCGUGCGCCCCAAGGGAUGCACGAUAAUAAAAGAGAGACUGACUCUUUAGUGGAGGCUUCAGAUAUUAUUGGGAGAGAUGAUGAUAAAAAACAGAUUAUCAGCCAUCUCUUAAAUAACACUGAUAUAUCUAGUGAGGAGAAUAUUUCUGUUAUUUCCAUCCUUGGGUUAGGAGGGUUGGGAAAGACAACUCUUGCUAAAUUAGUGUAUAAUGAUAGGAUGGUAGAGGAGAAUUUUCAGAUGAAAAUGUGGGUAUGCGUCUCAGAAAACUUUGAUAUCCGAACAUUAAUUCAUAGCAUUAUCAAUGCUGCAAUUGAACAGAAAUGUGAGGAUGAAAGUUUGAACCUUAUGAAAAAAAGGUUGCAACAUAACUUGAGAGAUAGAAAAUUUUUGUUAGUGUUGGAUGAUGUCUGGGAUACGGAGUUGAUUGGAAUAACGAUUGAAAAAUGGAAUGAUCUAAAAGGCUUGUUAAAUGUGGGAGCUAAUGGAAGUAAAAUCAUCAUAACAACACGAAAUAGAUCAGUUGCUUUACUUGUGAGUCCCGUACAAAUGCAUUCUUUAGAAGGUCUUCCCCACAAAGAUUGCAUGUCAUUGUUUAUCAAAAGGGCAUUUAAGAAAGGAGAGGAGCAACGCUAUCAACAUUUGAUAGAAAUUGGAGAGGAUAUUGUGAAGAAGUGUGGAGGAGUUCCUUUAGCGGUAGCUACUGUAGGGAGCAUGCUCUCUUUGAAUACAGAGCGACACCAUUGGUUGUGUGUCAGAGAUGAUGACAUGUGGAGUAUAGGAAAUGACAAUAUUUUACCUGCACUCAAAUUGAGCUAUGAUGCAUUGCCACGACACUUGAAACCAUGUUUUGCAUUUUGUUCACUUUUCCCAAAGGAUUAUGAAUUCAAUAGUGCAAUGUUGGUUCCAUUGUGGAUGGCACAAGGCUACCUCAAGACAUCUAAGAAAAAUGAAGAUUUUGAACAGAUGGGUUUAGACUAUAUAAGGGAGUUUUACUCUAGAUCCUUGUUUCAAGUUGAGUGGGAUAUCAAAACAGUCAUAAGUUUUAAAAUACAUGAUCUAGUUCAUGAUUUAGCAAUUUCAGUGGCACAAGUAGAGUAUUCCACAGUCAAUUUCCGUCCUUCUAGUGCUUUGGAAAUAGUUCGACAUGUGUCAAUAUCCAAAAAAGACUUGCUUGGAGAAGAGGCACAAGUUCCUGAUUUCAUGCUCAAAUCAAAGAAAUUGCGAACCAUUCUAAUUCCUGAAGAAGGUCAGAUGAGUCAACGUUUUGUAAAGACAUGCAUCUUGAGAUUCAAAUAUAUGCGGGUGCUAGAUCUCAUUGGGUCGCCUCUUGAGGAGCUACCAAGUUCCAUUGGUAGUUUGUUUCAUUUGAGAUUCCUCAACUUGUCUUCUAAUGGGAAGAUAAAAAGGCUUCCUAAUUCCAUCAGUAAGCUGCUGAAUUUGGAGACCUUGGACCUUUGGGGUUGCGACGCACUCGAGGAGAUACCCAAAGACAUAGGGAACCUGAUCAACCUCCGAAGAUUGGUGAUAACUACACAACAGACGUAUUUGCCAAAAGGAAUUAGACGCCUCACCUUACUUCAAGUUUUAGGUUUUGAUGGAUGUGUCAAUCUUAAAUCUUUGGGCGAAGAGAUCCAAUUCCUCAACAACCUUCGUAAACUGAUGAUUAGCAGGUGUAAUAAUUUGGAAUCGCUGCCACCAAAUAUGAAACACAUGACCGCUUUAGAUACUUUGUGUGUCAAUGAUUGCGAGAAGCUUCAGGUGAUGAUGAGAUCAAGGGAAGGUCCUCAACGUCUUCGAUCAUUGGUUAUCGGGAAUUCAAGUUUGGAGGCUUUGCCCCCUUGGCUCAUUGAAGAUUCUGCACACACUCUACAGAGCAUAUAUCUUGUGGAUGUCAUAAUCUCACGGCACUUCCGGAGUUGA